AUGUCCUCCACUCGCUGGCGCUACACACAAGACAAUCCCCUGUGGACCACCGUCGACACCUAUACCAUGAAGCACACGCACCCACCCUCGCGCCCAAACACCUCCCUCCUCGAAUCCACCUUCACCACCAGCUCCAACUCUUCCCUACCCCCCUACGCCCUCUCCGCCCCGCAAGCCAAAUUCCUCGCCCUGCACCUCCGCACCGCGCACGUCACCCACGCUCUCGAAAUCGGCACCCUGGGUGGCUACACCGCGCUAUGGCUCGCAACACUUAAUCCAGACCUAUACGUCACGACGAUCGAAGCCAACGCGCACCACGCUGCCGUCGCGCGGCACAACAUCCUGCAGGCGGGCCCUUCCGUGUCGUCGCGCAUUGAGGUCCUCGAGGGUACGGCACUGAGUAUCCUGCCACGACUGCGCGAGGAGGUACACAGUGGUGCAAGGCCGCGUUUCGGGUUUGUGUUUAUUGAUGCGGAUAAGAGGAGCAAUUGGGCGUAUUUCUCGGCUGCAAGGGAGAUGGUCCUUCCAAGGGGGGUUAUUUGCGUGGAUAAUGUGGUGAGGGAUGGGGAGUUGGUGGAUGCGGGGAGUGCAGAUGCGAGUGUGAGGGGGUCGAGGGAGGUAGUGGAGCGGGUAGGGGAGUUGGAGGGGGUGGAUGCGGUGGUGUUACAGUUGGUGGGGGAGAAGGGGUAUGAUGGGUGGUUGUGGGCGGUGGUGGACAAUUAG